AGCCUGAAGGAGAGAACGACGCACACGGCAAUAAGGGUAGUUUCGUAAACGCGUGUACACGACUACCACGGGUCUUUUUUUUCAUUACAAAUCAUUCUUCUUUCACCGUUUGAUCACACAAGCGACCUUAGAACAAAUUUUAAGAUUCCAGGUGAUGGAGGCAACGAUGGGGCAAAGUCAUGGCAGAGAAAGCAUCAUCUCCGGGCCGUCACCGUUCGAUUCAUUGCCGGUGGAUUGCAUCUCCAGCAUUAUCUCCUUCACGAGUCCACGAGACGCGUGCAACGCCGCUUCUGUUUCGAAAACGUUAGAAUCGGCGGCUAAGUCCGAUAGCCUAUGGGAGAAGUUUCUUCCAUCGGAAUAUACAUCUCUGGUUCCACAAUACUCGCGAGUUUUCUCGUCCAAGAAGGAGCUCUAUUUCGCUCUCUGCGAUGAGCCUCUUCUCAUCGAAGAUGGCAAAAAGAGCUUCUGGUUAGAGAAAGCGAGUGGGAAAAGAUGUAUUAUGAUAUCUCCAAAAGAAGUGUCAAUCACAUGGGGAAGUAGUCCCGAACAUUGGCAAUGGAUAUCAAUUCCUGAAUCUAGGUUUGAAAAAAUAGCUGAGCUAAUCGAUGUAUGUUGGUUUGAGAUUCGUGGAGGGAUGCACACUCGGUACCUAACUCCUGGAACUCGUUACUCGGUUUACAUCGUGUUCAAUACAAAGAACGGAUGUCCUGGAUUGGGAGAUUUGCCGGUAGAUGCUGGAGUUGGGUUAGUUGGACAAGAGUCUCCUCAAAAGUUGAUAUACUUUGUUGGGCCUCGUGGUCGUGAUCGAAGGAGAGAUGUAACGAGGCCAGAGGCGAGGGACGAUGGGUGGAUGGAAGCUGAACUUGGUCAGUUCUACAAUGAUUCUUGUUGUGAUGAUAUCUCGCUAAGUGUUGUUAAGACCAACACUCCUGAUUGGAAAAGUGGUUUGAUCAUUCAAGGAUUUGAAUUUCGCCCUGCGAAAACCCGGUAAAUUGUUAUAUCAUGUUUCUUGUGAUGGAAAACGGUUUCUAGUUCAACGAUUUUCCGUUGUAUUUCAUGUCUAACAAGUGAAAACCUUGGGUGUAUUGUAAAGUUUUUUGAAUCUUCAGCUUUUUGGAUUGUAAUGUUUGAAUGGUUUGAUCUUACCAUUCUCACAUGAACAAACUUCAAUAAAGAAAUCGUGUUUUCUUCUAAUCAUCUAAA